AACACAAGCGAACCAUCCGCCGCCACUCGCUCCCCCAGCUAAACCCUAGCCGCCGCAUCCUCGUGCUCGAUCCCCUCCCCUACCGGCGCCGCCGGCCAUGGCCAGCUGCGCGCCAUUCCCCAACCUGGACCGCACGUCGGCGGCCGACCUGCGGGACACGGAGCACCUCCUGUCGUACAUCUGCAGCUGCGUCCCCGACCCGCCCGUCUCCACCACCGCCCGCCUCGUCGCCCGCCGCGGCGCCGCCGCCUCCAAGGACGGCGUCGACCGCAUCAGCGGCCUCUCCGACGCGCUCCUCCGCGACAUCGUCUCCCGCCUCCCCUUCAAGGACGCCGCGCGCACCUCCGUGCUCGCCACGCGCUGGCGCCGGGUCUGGCUCGCGGCGCCGCUAGCCGUCGCCGACGCCCACCUCCUGGACCACUGGCCCCCGGCGCCCGCCGACGCGCCCGCCGUCACCGCCGCCGUGUCGGGCGCCCUCGCCGCGCACCCGGGCCCCUUCCGCUGCGCCCACCUCGUCUCCACCCGCAUGGACGCGUACCAGCCCCAGCUCAAGCGCUGGCUCCGCAUCCUCGCCGCCAAGGGCGUCCAGGAGCUCGUCCUCGUCAACCGCCCCGGCCCGCGGGAGGUGCCCCUCCCCGACACGCUCUUCCGGAUCGCCAACCUCACCUGCCUCUACAUUGGCUUCUGGAAGUUCCCGCACGCGUCGCACCUCCAAGGCGCCUCCUUCCCCAACCUCCGCGAGCUCGGCAUCUGCAGCGUCGUCGUCAAGGACGGGGACAUCGACUCCCUCGUCGCCAGGAGCCCCCUCCUGGAGAUCCUCAACAUCCAAGGAAGCAUGAAGGGGUUGUGUCUCGUCGGCCAGAGCCUCCGGUGCGUGCAGAUCUGCGCUUCCAUGGUGGAGAGCAUCACCUUGGUGAGCACCCCGUGUCUCGAGCGGCUUAUCCUGUGGGAAGUCCGGGCAUCUCCCAACCCAGCCAGUGGCUUGCGCACCAGGAUCAAGAUUGGCACCGCCCCAAAGCUGUGCGUAUUGGGGUAUCUGGACCCAACACAGCACCUGCUAGAGAUUGGAGGCACCAGCAUCAUGCCUGGGAUUGCACCAAGUGCAAGCACAAUACUCACAAGUGUGAAGUGUCUGAGCUUGAAAGUGUGUUUUGGAGCCAAUGAUGCCAUGAAGGUGCCUGCCUUCCUGAAAUGCUUCCCCAAUGUCGAGGCGCUGCAUAUUAUGCAUUUGCAGUCUGCAAAAUGUGAUGAACCCGCUGACAAGCUCAACCUCAAGUUCUGGCAAGAGGUUGGUCCCAUCAGAAGUGUUGUGUUGUGCGUCAAGGUGAUGACAAUCUGUGAGUUUCGAGGGGGGCAACAUGAGCUGGCCUUCCUCCAGUUCAUCUACCAGAAUGCGCGGGUGCUGAACUUUAGUGCAAUCGUCUCAGCCAAUGUAAGGGUCACUGGAAUUUCAGCCAACCAGAUAUUUUCCAUUGUUCAGAAUAUGGAUAGUUCAAGAUGGGCUCGUAACUUUAAUCUGGCUAUCUUGGGGAGCAAGGGUCCUGAAGGAGGUAGACCCUGGAAGUUUCAACGAGGAGCAAAUUUUUCUAAUGACGACCCUUUUGCUCCAGUUAAAUCAUGAAGCUGUCAGUAUUGCUUUCCUUCAUGACUUCAUGCCCUGAUUCAGAGACAAGACAAAACAAGACCGCUUGAACUCGCACGUGCUGUAUCUGAAGUCGAAAUCUUCAACCUAUGGAGCAUGCAGGCGCCGUGGUUCUGUAAUGAUGUUACAUAGCUACUCUUGAAGAUCUGCUCCUGUUCUUAGCUCUGCCAGCAUGGUUAGCUUGAGUGUCGAAGUUAGUAGUAAAUGUUGAUCCAAAUGACUGCCUUUCUGUGCAUGAUAAAUGCUUGUGGACGGCUAUUACAGACCACUGAAUCCACGUUUCAUGUGUAUUUCGUUAGCUGGAUGGGGCCUGUGACAAUGAUCGAUGCUGCAUUGCAUAA